CAUAAAUAAAAAAAAAUAUAAAAUAAAUAGGCCUGGGUACAGUGAGUUCGCAAGUCAAUUUUGAGAUUUACAGAAUCACCCUGCAUUUGUUUAAAAAAGUAAAACUAUUGUUUCUGAACCAUACAAAGUUCUAAACACUAAAGUUCUGUUUUCUUUUUUAAAACACCGGAUGUAACAAUGGCGUACAAUAAGAAGAAAUAACGCGGAUACAUGACAAAUUUUCACAGUGAGUGUAAACGAAUUGAAAUGUUACAUUUACUGUUAAUAUUCAAUUUUAUUUGUAUAUCGUAUGCAAUAGAUACACAGGAUACAUCAGUGUUGAAGGAUAACAAAAACAAUGUGGGAUCGAAUUAUAAUUCACCAAGACUGAAUACGGUAACAUUUACCCGAACAUUUCUCGAUAAAUCCGAUAAUUUGCUGAGAGUUCCCAGCGCGCUCUAUGAAGAUAAACGAAAAUCAAAAACGAAAAAGUCACCCAAACGUACAAUACAAAAGAUAAUAAAAAAGAAUAACGUAAAACGCAAAAGAAUCUUCAUACAUCCAGUCACCCACACACCAACACAAUCUACAGCGAAUAACAAACUUGAUAGUAUUUAUUCUAGACAAAAUGAGGACACACAUACAACGGAAGCAAAUUCAAGGAAACGUCCAAGAAAGAAUUCCAAAGUCCUAAGAUACCACAUGCCUUUCCAUAAACUACAGAAAACGAGAAGAAACAAAAGACAAAUAAAUGGCCAUAGAAAUCAUGUUGUAGAUGCUAAAGGUAUACUUAGAAGUAAAAGGGAUACAAAUGGAGAUGAUAUAAUGAUUUUAAAAGAUUUAGAUGAAAUAGAGUUUGUAGAUAGCGAUAAAGAUUACAAUGUUGUCAGGGCGCAUGUGCAGAAUGUCUGGUAGUAGGUAUAUUGGCGGUGUGUUUUUAUUGGCAGGGUAA